UACAAGCCCUAUGAGGAAAGAAAGAAAGUGACAGGGGAAGGAAGGAACUCUAAACAAUCCAUCAAAGGAGAUAAAGAGAGCUAAUUUACAGCUUGAGAGACAGAAGAGGGAAGAAAUCAAGCAUUUUAUUUUUGCUUUUCUGUCUCAUGUCUGCUUUCCCUGUCUGUUCUAAACCUCUUUACUCAUAGUCUUAACGUGUGGCCUGUUCAAGCAUGUCCACAAACGGAAUUAGCCAGGCUCUGAAGCUGCAGUUUGGCCUCAUCAACUAUGAGAACCGCUACCUGACGGCUGAGGCCUUUGGCUUCAAGGUUAACGCUUCAGGCACCAGCAUGAAGAAGAAACAGAUCUGGACCUUAGAACAGAACGAGCAGGACGGCCAAGUAGUGUUUCUUCGCAGCCACCUCGGACGCUAUCUGGCAUCUGACAAAGAUGGGAAGAUCACAUGUGGUGCCGAGAAGCCUGACCCCGACUGCCGUUUCAUUAUUGUAGCCCAGUCUGAUGGUCGCUGGGCACUGCAAUCAGAGCCUUACCAACGUUAUUUUGGAGGCUCAGCCGACUACCUGUCCUGCUUUGCCCAAGUCAUCGGGGAACAAGAGAUGUGGGCCAUCCAUUUGGCUUUACACCCACAGGCCAACUUACUCAGUGUGGCACGUAAGCGCUAUGCCCAUCUGUCUGCUUCAGACGGAGAGAUCUCAGUGGACAGCAACAUUCCCUGGGGAGUGGACUCCCUGAUCACCUUGGUAUACCUAGACGGCAAGUACAGCCUGAAGACCUGUGACAGCCGUUUCCUCAACAAUGAUGGCAAGCUGGUGAAGGAGAACACCCCUUCUACUUGCUUCACACUGGAGCUGAAAUCUGGCAAGCUGACCUUUAAGGACUGUGAAGGGAAAUAUCUGACCCACGUGGGUCCCACAGGAACACUGCGCUCUGGUCGAUGCUCCAAGCCUGGAAAAGAUGAGCUGUUUGAUUUGGAAGAGAGUCACCCCCAAGUAGUUUUUCAAGCCGUCAAUAAAAGAUUGGUCUCAGUCAAGCAAGGGGUGAGUAUUUCAGCAAAUCAGGAUGUGGAAACAGACAUGGAGACCUUCCAGAUGGAGAUUGAUAAGGAAAGCAAAAAGUCCACGUUCAGGACCAAUGGCGGAUCCUACUGGACUCUAGUGACUCACGGAGAGAUCCAGUCCACUGCCACAGACGUAGAGGAAAACACAAUGUUUGACAUUGAAUGGCGAGAACAGAGGGUGGCACUCAAAGCAAGCAAUGGAAAGUAUGUGUGUACAAAGAAGAACGGGCAGCUCUCAGCGGUCAGCGAUACAGUGGGGGAUGAUGAAUUAUUCGUCAUGAAACUCAUAAAUCGCCCUAUUCUGAUUCUACGUGGAGAGAACGGCUUCGUGUGUCACCACAAGAACUCCAACACUCUGGAUGCAAAUCGAUCCGUCUAUGACAUUUUUUCACUGAUCUUCAACGACGGCGCCUAUAACGUAAAAAGUGUGAAUGAGACGUUCUGGUAUGUCUCUAGCAGUGGCCUAGUGUGUUCAGAUGGAGAAAAGCCAGAGGACUUUUUCCUUGAGUUCCUGGAACAUGGACACGUCGCCAUCAAGGGCUCCAAUGGCAAGUACCUUCGUGGUGACCAAGGAGGCACACUUAUGUGUGACGGCACAUCUGUCAAUGCAUCUUCUCUCUGGGAAUACUGAUCCCUUCUGGCUAGAUUCUCGCUUCUACCAGCACAUAUGAAGCAGAGUGACUGGCUAAUACUUUCCUGCCUGUUUUUACACUGGUAUCAGGUGUCCAGUCCUAUGUUCUCUAUUUCUUUAAUUGGAAAGAAAUGAUCACUUUAGGGAGAUAUGUGUGGUUUUUCUUGUCAAUGUGUGGUCUUUUACACGACAAUGCCAACAUCAAGAAACUGUGUGAAUUUUUUUUUUUUCCACAAAUAUGGAAUAAGAUAGUGGCUGAUCCAGUUAUUUCACUUUGUUCAAUACAGGUACAGUGAUAACCAAAUAAAUUAGAGGGUAGUCAAGCUGCUCAGACAGUGAACAGAAAGAAAUUUAACAAAGAGUGUCACUACUCACCUCCGUUUGUUUAUGCCUUUGACACAUGUUCUGUUUAGCCUAUUCAGAAAGUAUGACCAUGAAUGGCAACAAAAAGAAUCGGUAGUGCUUCUUGGAAAUUCUAAGUCCAAACGUUUAGAAAAUCUUUGCCGAUUUUUCUUCAAUCUAACAAAGCCCUCAACAACAGUCACACAUUAAAGGCAAAUCAGUGAGCAACAAACAUAGACAGUGACAUACAGUAAGUGUGGCUGCAUAUCCUAGAUUUAUUUGAAAAUGAGAGAGAGAGACUCGUUUGCAGACACAAAAGUCACUGAAUUUGAUUUAGUUUAGCAUUAUUUGACUGUGUUCAUUUAAAUCUUACUUCUGUAUCUUCUGUCAAAAACCCACCACAUUUGAUCUUUACAGCUUUUAAAUGAUUUCAUCACACUAACAUGUUCUACAAGAACAACACAGUCAUGGUCGCUGUAAGCAAAAGGUACAAUAAUGCACCGUUUUCUCCAAAAACAAAGAACGACUGCGAUGCUAAGCUAUGUACAGUCUAAGAAGACUUCAGUCAGCAUCACUGCAAACACAUUUGUUGCUGUUGUACAUAUAGAAAGACAGAAAUUAAUUCAUUCUUUGCUUAGAAUAUCAGUAGAAGGUUAAGUAAGAAACUAAACAAAGGGCACGUUUAAAGCAUUUGAUGGACUAUGUAUCCUUUUUAAUGUACAGUACCAGGUGUGAACUCAGAAAGUGCUUGUCCGAUGUUCUGCCUAGGAGCCUUAAACCACACUGCACUCUAUAUCCUUUUAUACCCUGUUCUCGUGACGUAUAGUAAGUUAGGCCAAGACUGUCUCACUGAAAAUGAUAAAAAUCCCCUUAUCUAGCUCCAGAUAAGACAGAAAAAUGUAUUUCACAAGAUGCUGGAGUGUUCCUUUAACUAUCCCACCUUCCACUGCUUUUACAAAAUGUGAUCAGUAGCCCCUAGGAGCAGGGGCCUCAGUCUUUCACAUGACUCACUGACACCCAUCAAAUCGCCGAGGGCACAAGCUGCCUAGAUUUUAAGGAACAGGUGUUGGUGUGCACUACAGAGGAUGACCUGAUCCUGUUUAAAAUUUGUCCUAUAGAUUGUUUUUCUGUUAUUUUAUAGGCAGAAAUAAAAUAUGCAACAGCUUAAUGUCUAAACCAGUGGUUUUCUGAUGUGUGGAAUUAAUAGAGAAACAUUUUAGAAACAUUUAAAAGGCUUGGUCAUCCUGUGUCAGCUCUAUA